UCUCUCUCUCUCUCUCUGCACAAUGGCUAAAGUUGCUCAUUCUCUUAACAUUCUCUUCCUUUUUGCUCUGCUUUUGUCCUUCGGCUCAGGAGGAAACCUGAGAUUGGUCAAUGGACAGUGUGUGCAGAAAACCUGGUGUGUGGCAAAACCUUCAUCAGAUGAGGCAACUCUACUUGCAAACAUCAACUACGCCUGCUCUCAGGUGGACUGUCGAAUUAUGCAAAGGGGUUGCCCAUGCUUUUCCCCAGAUAAUCUCAUUAACCAUGCCUCCAUUGCAAUGAACCUUUACUACCAGUCCAGGGGCAGGAACAGAUGGAAUUGCGAUUUCAAGAACUCUGCACUCAUUGUUACAACUGAUCCAAGUUAUGGUAACUGCAUCUAUGACUUUGACUAAGAUGCAAAGCAAAAUUGAUGAGUUCCAGUUUGUUUAAGCUGCUUCUUGAACUAUGGUUUUAACUCGGUAGAUGUGAUGAAUGCAGAGGUGUUUGGAUCCUCCUAUAUAUUGUAGAGAAUAGUGAAGUUGAGAGUGUGACUAAUUUUGCAUUUUUUUUUGUCUGAUUAACAUUUUUUUCUUUUUGUCAUUCACUCUUUUGGGUUGUACUCUUUAUACCCGUAUUUGCUAAGAUUUAUGGUUCUGUUUGGCAUAAGUGGGUGUAUAACAUCAUACCUGUUGAGAAUGUGGUUUUAAAUGAACUAUUUGAUUUUGAGAUUCCAUUACACUGUA